AUAAUUACACCACUACUACGCUUACACUAAAAAAUCAGUGCAUCAAUUUGAUCUCAUCACAUUGAGUGGCGUUCUAUAUUAAUCCCUUCCUCGAUUGUCACCGUCACAUGAAUGAUUCGCGAGGUCUAUCUAUAGAUACUGACUGGUAUGAAGUACGUGAGCUACUAAUUCAAUGACUGUGCAUGCGGACAGUGUAUGUUUGAUCUGCCAAAGCUGAUAAUUUGUGGUUAUUAAUGCAUGCCAACACCACUCUACAACAAGUUGGUACAGAUGAGAUGGAAGAAGACAUAUGCUGUGUCUAUAAAACUGUAGAGCCAAAACAUACUACAUAUAGUUACAUCAUAGUAGCUAUAUUGUCUCUGUAGUUAUAUGAUAGUAAGGAGCCAUCUCGGAGGAUGCAUUUACCAAGUUUCAGUCAUAACCCCAAAGGAUUCGUCCUUGGCUUCGAGAACCCCAAACUCUCUGACGAUGUUCUUGAGGCUUUCAGGAGAUUCAUAUGCGCAGCUAAACAGCACUCGACUACUUGUUACCAAGAACUUAGAACUGUGCUACUGGACAAUGAUAACUUCGCCACGAGACGACUCCUCCUCCGAAGCGGAUUCAGGUGUCUCCAUAGCAAAACACCUCAAACUUUAGCCGACCUUUUAAUCCUGAUCUCAGAUACUGACAUUCAUGGCAUCAAUAGGGAUAUUGUGACCAGUCUUCUUGAAUAUGAUGCAAGUGAGUGUUACACUCUUUUGCUGUCCAAGGACAUAGAAGUAUUUGAAUUGUGGCCAAAACUUGCCUUGGACUCAAACCCGUACGUUAAGACAGUGGGCAUAAACACAGACACGGUAUUCAUAGACUUGCUACCUGAUUUCUUGGUAUGGCAAGUUGUCUCCCCCUGUCAUCGUCAAGGACGUCGUUCAACCAGACAUAUUUCAAGAAGAGUGCCAAACAACACUACUUUGUUUCUCAAUGCCUUUGAUAUGAACUUUGAAUCUAAAAACAAAAGAAAGUCCUUAAUGGCUCUUGAGACAUUACGGGCUUGCAAUUCUAAUGUAGGAUUGCAUCGCUGUCUUGCCCGAAUAUUUGAGCGCCCGAUAUUAAUUUGGGACGAAUGGCACCUAUUUCUCAUGAAGGUUUUGGUACUGAUGGGACACCGGCCAAGUGAAAAUCUGCUGAGCAAGUUAAAAGAAUCAGAUGAUUUGAGGUCAUUUGUUGUUUGGUAUGAGACCCACGCGCGGAGAGUGCCGUCACUGCGUGACUGUGCCAGGGUGCGCGUGCGGAGGUCAGUGUCCAAGAGCAACCUUCGAUAUGCGGUAUCAUCUCUGUGUGUUCCACAAAUGUUAAAAGACUAUAUUCUGUACAGAGACUCCGAGGAAUUUUUCAACUGACACCAGUUUUGGAAUUAUGAAUGCUGUGUUAUUUAAACUGGACAAAUUCUUACGAAAGACGUUUUAUACGUGCAUUUUCAGUAAGUGUUUUUACGUAUACACAUUUUGUUUGGCUAAUAUAAAGACUUGUUUGUUGGUUAACUUCUCGUACAUCAAUAUUCCAACUAGAUAGCAACGGUCUUAUAUCAAGCCUGAACCAGAUAAUCCAGUGACUGACAUCUUGAACAUCUUCUUUGAGAGGCAUUUAGAAGUUGUAUAGAUGAAGAAAAACCAACCGUCGCACUCAUUGCAAUAAAGAAGUUGACUAUCCAUAGAACUUUGUUUUCCUUCAUCUUGAAUGAAGCAUGGACACUUCGUUGUCACAUCAGUGAAAGUAACCCAGAUAUCAGCUUCCAAACCAGAAGUAAGAGAAUGCUGAGGGUUAUCAGCUGAUUUAGACCGACUAUUAUUAACACUGUUAUCAGUAAAUGGGACAAUUCGACAAAUUUCUAUUGAUACAACUUAUCACUUAAGAGGGCUUAUUUUUAUAGAAGAUAUCGGCUUCAAAA